AAAAUUUCCCUCAGUUUUAGUUUGGCUGCGUGUAGCAAUGGUUUGGUGUGAAUUAAUGCACGCGAUGUGCAGCUCGUCAAACCGGAAAUAAACGUGCAUUGAAUAUGUCGAAUAAACAAAAAAAAAACCAAAAGUUGAAAGAAUUUCAAUAAAAACGUAGUGUAUGAAAUGUGGAAAAUGUAAAAAUUCCGCCAAAUAGCGAGAAUUUUAACAUGUAAAAUGGUGGGAAGUGACAUAUCAUGAAUCUGCAACAAAAAAAAAUGCAGCUGUUUAACACACACACAUUAAACAAGUUUGUAUUUUGCAAAACAAUUUAUGCGUCCUGAAACUCAAAACUCAAAAUUGUUGCUGUUGAGAAUAUGGAUGUAUAUUCAACAAAAAAUUGCGUGCAUAAAAUACAAAUAAUGCCAUAGAAAAUGUAAAAUUUUAACAAUAACGGCUUGAAACCUUAUUCUACUUCAACAAUCAUCGGUAAACUGGUUUGUUUAAAUGAAAUUGGUGAAUUUCAUCAUAACAUUGAUUAUGUCAUGCAAAUUGUUGUAUUGAAUUAGUGAUUGCUGGUACACAAUGUUAGAAACUGCGAAAUAAAUUUAUGCAGAAAUAUUUAUUUUACAGCUCAUUCAAUAUUUGCAGGUGACUAAAGCACAGCAAAACGCUACCAAUAAAGCCCCAAAAGCAAAAGUGUGUUACGACAAAUCAAAUGUCUUAGUCACAUAUUAACAAAUAUUUACACAUGCAAAUUAUUCAAUGACGCUGCAGCAGCAAAAAAUAAAGUGAACGAAAGAAUCAAUAACAAAAAUUUUCAACUUUUGCAAAAAUUCAAACAUUAAAUAAUUGACAAAAAACGAUUAAGCUUUUGAUAUGACAAGCAAACGCAUAUAAAAUCCAAAUAAAAUUCGGUGUUAAAGCAACAAAAAAAAAUGCCACUCUUUUGUGCUACAAGUGCUCAGAAAAUUGUGCAACUGUAAUAAUUUGAUUAGACAAGUGUUGAAAACUCUCCAACAUCACUUACUCGGAUACGCUUUGGAAUACUCAAUUAUAUUCAGUACUUUGUUCAAAUCCUCCGAAAUCACUGCAAUAAAAUGUUGGCUGUCAAAAAUUUCUUCUUACCCGAGCGCACUACAACGGCCGCUAAGCCGCCCGAAACACCGCAACGUUUCUCACGAAUGCCAGAAGCUUUUCUACGCUCCAUACGACGGCGUUCAUUGCGUGUAAAACGCGCCAAAAGUUUGGUGGUACCCGAUCGCGAGAAGCGGAAAUCAGACUCCUUUGUCAACAGUCAAGAAUGGACGAUCUCACGUUCAGUACCCGAUUUGCGUUUGGGCAUUGUCGGUUCACUGAACUCUGGCAAAUCAGCUUUAGUGCAUCGUUAUUUAACUGGUUCCUAUAUGCAAGAGGAGUCGCCUGAGGGCGGUCGCUUUAAGAAGGAGGUAUUCAUAGAUGGCCAAAGUUAUUUAUUAUUGAUACGUGAUGAAGGUGGACCGCCAGAAAUGCAGUUUGCCGCUUGGGUUGAUGCCGUAAUAUUUGUCUUUAGUCUUGAGAACGAAAGCAGCUUCAAUACAAUCUACAACUACUACAAUAAAAUGGCGCAUUUUCGCAAUGGUCAGGAUUUACCAAUGAUUUUAGUUGGCACUCAAGGUAAGUCUAAAUCGAUCAUCACCAAUAGCGCGCUUACAACAUCAAUGCAUGCGAAUGGUCGUAGUCAUGGGCAAAAUGGACUAAGCGAAGGCAUUGGUUGUCUAUCGAUUGUCAAGGAUAACAAGGAGAAGAAGCUAACGGAAAAAGUACUGCUCACAGCCUUCGAUACGCUACGCGAGCCAGUCAAAUCGAACUCUUCGCAGCAGACCAGUGGCGAUGAGGGCAUCGCCAUGUCCAACUCCAAUUCACAGACAUUUAUCGCUGGCAGUGAUAGCCAGCAACAUUUGCAGCAGCAACAACGUGAAUUACUCGCCGUGAAUGCGGCCAACAAAUUAGAAUCUCAGACACCAAAUGUCAAGAAACGUCAUCGUCGCAUGAAGAGCAGCAGUGUGAAAUCGAAUGAAGUAGACGAUUCAGAUAUUUAUGAAUUUUUCAUUGUAUCUUUGGAUUCGAAACAGUGGCAUUUUGAGGCAGCAAGCUCUGAGGAUCGUGACGACUGGGUAGCUGCUAUCGAGCAGGAGAUCUUCAAGAGUCUGCAGGGAAUUGAAAGUACGAAAACUAAACCGGCGACCACAAGCGAGCUGGCCUCAAUGGUGGCGAUACGUACGCGCGUGCCAGGCAAUGGCUAUUGUGUCGACUGCGAUGCGCCGAAUCCUGAAUGGGCUAGUCUAAAUCUGGGUGUGCUAAUGUGCAUCGAAUGUUCUGGCAUUCAUCGCAACUUGGGUUCACACAUUUCCAAAGUGCGUUCGCUGGGCUUAGAUGAUUGGCCUGCCGGUCACCUUAGUGUAAUGCUAGCUAUAGGCAAUAGUCUAGCCAAUUCAGUGUGGGAAGCAAACACACGCCAACGCAGCAAACCAAAGCAUAAUUCUACACGCGAAGAAAAGGAAGCGUGGAUACGCAGCAAAUAUGAGGCUAAAGAGUUUCUAGCACAGUGCAAUGCGAAUACAAAUACGACGCCGGGACAGCAAUUAAUUGAGGCGGUGAUCAGAUCGGACAUUAAGUCAAUUGUCCUAAUACUCGCCACCGCCAACAGUGUGACCAAUGCCAAUGUAAGUCCACGUGAUGUGCGAACACCAUUGUUACUGGCUUGUGCCAUAGGAAAUUUGGCCAUAGCGCAAUUGCUGAUUUGGAAUGGCGCCAACAUCAAGCAUACCGACCAUGAGGGUCGCACCUGUCUGGCAUAUGCGCGCGCCGCACAAUCAUUAGCCACCGCCAAAUCGUUAAAAGCCGCCGCAGCAGCAGCGGCCGCCGCCGCGAAUACUGCAAAUGGCUGCCAUACGAAUACCAAUUCUAGCACCGCAAGCAAUACGAGUUCCUGCUCAUCAACCGCAUCCAAUACAGCGACGACUACAACGACCAGCAAUGCGACAAAUAGCGCUGCGACUAGUGGAGCAGCAGCGGCGGGAGCAGCAACAGCUACAAAUGGGGGCAUACCGGCGCCGCAAUAUAGUGUCGAAGAGACGACAGCACUGGUAGAACUGCUGACAAGUUUGGGUUGUCCAGAGUCGGCGCCGCUGACGGCGAGUGGCACGCUACCAAGACGACGCGAUACACUUGGCACGCCCUAUGAGAAGACCGUAUCGGGUGUCAUAUAAAUUGGGAAGCAGCUGAUGCAUGGUAGUAGAAAAACAACGCAAAUUGUGCGCUUGCGAUUUAUGUUAAGUUCAGAGUCUAAGAGCUGUUCAACAGUCGAGAGUAUAGGAAGGAGAAAGUGCAGUAGUGGCUCAAAAUGGGCCACAAAAUGCGAGUGUAGUUGUACUUGUAGUUAUAUAUAGAUACAUAUAUACAUACUUAUGUGUGCGUCUGUCUAAGAUAGGAAGUAUUAUCAAUAACUUGUAUGUAGCAUUCAUAUAGAAAGUGUCGUCUAAGUAGAGCAGCAAAAUCGAUUUUUUAAAAGAUUUUUAAUUAGCAGCAAAUUAUAUUUUUCAUAUUUUAUUUCACAUUUUAAAACUAUGUGUUUAGGUAAAACCAAAAAGUGUGUGUAAUUUAAUUUAAUAGAGACAAACAUAGUUUUGCAUAAGCUUGCGAUGUAUGUAUGUACAUAUGUGCUCAGAAAGC